UUGACAGAAAAACCAGAAAACACUAAGGAGGUAGCUAAAAUUACGGAAGCUAAUGAAAAGCUGACCACGGCCGUUAAUAAACCGCUGAUUCCUACGACUCCAGUAUUUCUUGUUCCUACACCUGUACCAACUGUAGGUUACUGCACCGUUUGGUCUCAGAAGUACUACAGAACUUUCGACGGAAAACAUUUCAUAUUCGACAGUACCUGCUCCCUCAUACUCGCUAAAGACUGCCAAGACUUGGGCUUGUUUUCCAUCUACCUAUCAACAGAGCAAUGCGCGGAAAAUACUUGCAAACAACGACUGACCAUUGAGUUAGACACUGACAACGGCAUGAUGACGCUACAGUUGCGCAAAGAAGGAGAACAAGCUGUUGUAGUGGAUUACAACGUCGACGAGUUCCUCACUGAAUCCGGUACUGUGAAUGGCGUUGAAGUGUUGUUUGUUUCUGGUUGGGUUGUCGUGUCAAGUCCAAUUGGAUUUAAUGUUAUCUGGGACGGUAUGUCACGUUAUACAGUUGACAUAACAUCCGAAGAACUGUAUGGUGGUCUAUGUGGCCUUUGUGGCAAUAACAAUGAAGAUCAAGAUGAUGACUUCUUGUCACCAGAGGGAGCAAAACAAGUUACAGCAGAACGUUUCGGUAGGAGCUGGGAAACUGUUGAUCAGAAAGGACCUUGCUAUGAUGAGAGUAGACGAUGUACUGACAGUAUCAGUGCAACUGCAAAAACUGAAUAUAUGUCUGUGUGUGGAAAGUUACGAGGAGGAGUCUUUCAAAGCUGCAACGAGAAGGUGGAUGUAACCCCCUUUAUUGACGCAUGUAAGGAGUACAUUUGUGACUGUCUGCUUGCAAGUGGGAGUGAUGCUAAUAAGGACGUCGUAAUGACAGAGUGUAGCUGUAAUGCUUUCUCCGCCUACUCCAGCGCCUGUGCAUGGGAAGAGGAAGUGGUUGAGUGGAGAACUCCUGACAAAUGCCCUCUACAAUGCCCAGACGGAAUGGAGUACCAGAUAUGUGGAAGUACUUGCCCUCAAACUUGUGGGAACCAAGUCGUAGAUUGUGAAAACGACUACUGUAUCGAGGGCUGUCAUUGUCCAGCUGGUCAAAUGUUGGUAGACAACAAGUGUAUUGCCCCGAGUGAAUGUCCGUGUGAAUUUAACGGACAUCAAAUACAACCAGGUCGUGUGAUGAGGGACGAUAUUAGCGAAUGUGUUUGCAUAGAUGGAAAGUGGGAUUGUUCUGAAUAUGACUCUCCAGGUCGAUGUUGGCUGGCUGGUGCUGACCACUUCAAAUCGUUCGAUGGAAAACAUUUUGAUUUUACUGGUGACUGCGAGUACGUUCUCGUUACUGACUGCCCUAGCCUGGACAAUGACUUUUCUGUGAAUGUACAGAACUAUGGAUGUAGCCAGUUUGGCACGAGUUGUUCCCGUGCUGUUAUCAUCAUGAUCGGUACUACACGUGUUCGAGUGCGCAGCACAGAGAUUUUGGUCAAUGAUGAGGAUGUCAAGAAACUGCCAGCAGAGUACAAUGGGGUUUUGAUAGAUAGACCAACAACUUCAGUGGCAAAGGUGACGUUGUCAAAUGGUGUACAAGUGGAGGUAACUGAGGAUUACCGUGUCACCAUAACUGCACCUCCAAGCCUUAAACAUAAUCUCUGUGGUCUCUGUGGUACAUUCAACGGGAAUCAAGAAGAUGACUUUUACACAAAAUCAGGUGACAUCGAGACGACGGCCCAGUCUUUCGGAAGUAAAUGGCAGACCUCUGCCUUCUGCGAUACUCCGGCUUAUCAUUUCAACUUUUGCAUGUUACAUCAACAGCAUUUUUCAUUAGCAGUGGAAAAAUGUACCGUUUUCAAGAUGGUGAAUGGACCCUUUUCAGAAUGUUUGAGUGUACUGGACUCAGAGGCGUACUACCAUGCUUGUAUGUCCCAAGUUUGUGGCUGUAAGACAUCAGAAUGCAGCUGUACCAUCAUCGAACAAUACGCUGUUGAUUGUAGUGCUAAAGGCGUCGUUCUAAAAUGGAGGGAUAGUAUUCCAGCUUGUGCUGUUGCCUGUGAAGGUGAUCUUGUUUACCACGAAUGUGCUUCAACCUGUGGGUCAUCGUGUGCUUCAUUGUCCAGUGGUUUCCCUUGUCAUCCAGGUUGUGUACCUGGCUGUGCUUGUCCGGAGGGCAAGGUGCUUGACCAAGACGGUUCUUGUGUGACUCCAUCGGAAUGUCCUUGUCCAUCAGACAACGGUCUAGUAUCACCAGGCUUCUUGUAUCAGAGUCCAUGUGGACCAUGUGAAUGUACAAAUGGGAGUUUCACCUGUGAGAAAGAGGUCUGUUCCGAUGAAUGUGGUAACCACAUGGCAUUCUCCACCUGUAAGCCCAGCCAAUCCAAGACAUGUGCAAACAUGGAAAGUCAUAAGGAGCAGUUGCCAGGCCAGUGCGUCCCAGGCUGUGUUUGCCUGGAUGGAUUUGUAUUCGAUGAAAACGUGAUGGAAUGUGUAGCACCCGAUAACUGUCCGUGCCAGCAUGGCGGAAAUGUGUACAAGAAAGGGGAGGACAUCAUGAUCGGUUGUAACAAAUGCACCUGUAUAGGAACAUCAUGGGAAUGUGAAGAGAAAGAAUGUCCAGGAAUCUGUACAGCUUGGGGUGAUCCUCACUUUACAUCGUUUGACGGCAAGAGGUUUGACCUGCAUGGGGACUGUGACUACGAACUUGCAAGCAACCAUUACAACAAACAAGAUGAUGGAUUUGAACCUUUCCGUAUAGUAAUCAAGAAUGUACCUUGCGGUGUUGCUGGCGUCACCUGCACAAAAUCUGUCAAAUUUACCAUUGGUUCUGGACGAGACAAGGACAAAGUGCACCUUGUACGGGGAAAACCCAUGCAUGUCACCUCCCGAAAUCCUGAUCGUAUUCGUGUUAGUGAAGUUGGCUUGUAUGUCUUUGUUCACACAAAUAUUGGUGUUACACUUACUUGGGACAAGGGAACUUGGGUACAAGUUAAAUUAGACCCUUACUAUAAAGGACAGGUGUCAGGUCUAUGUGGUAACUACAAUGGCAAUCAAAAUGAUGACUUCACCAAGAGGUCAGGAAUGCCUGCAAUCUCAGCAACAGAAUUUGGUCACAGUUGGAGGCUUCAUAAUUAUUGUGUUGAGUCUGAAGUGAUCCAAAGUGCAUGCAGCUUGUAUCCUGCUCGUGAAUUAUGGGCCAGGAGAAAAUGUGCAAUUCUGAAGUCAGACGUAUUCAGACCAUGCCACAGUGUCGUUUCACCUGAUUUAUACAUACAGCAAUGUGUGAAUGACGCCUGCAACUGUAAUGGGGGUACAGGCUGUGAGAAACUUUGUACUGCCAUUUCUGCCUACGCCCAUCAAUGUAGCGCCAUGAAAGUGUACAUCAGCUGGAGGAACCAGAAUCUUUGUCCAAUCCAGUGUCAAGGUUGUCAGGAGUAUAAGCCAUGUAUUGGUGUCUGCAGCGCAUGUGAAAAUAAAUUUCGACUGAUAUCUCAAGACGAUGGUAGUGAUCAAUGUCCGGACACAUGCGUUGAGGGUUGUGCUUGCCCAGAGGGCAAAGUUAUGCAGAAUGGAGAAUGUGUGGAUAUGUGCGAUGCUUUGCCCACUCAGUCAUCAUUCCAAAGAGUAACAGAGAAGACGGUAUCUUUGCCCACCAAACCGCAAGUCUCAGAUGGCAAAUCGUCAGCAAGUGAUAAAUGUAAAAGCACAUGUAACAAAAUGUACGGUGAGGUCUUCCGUCCAUGUCAUACCACACAGUCACCGAUCCUGUUCUAUGAGAUUUGUAAGCAACCAGCCUUCUUGUGUAAUGAAUGCAUGGUUCUUGAACGAUAUGCACAGAUUUGUUCUGUAUUUGGCGUUGUUCUUGACUGGAGAGAGUCAAGCAAGUGUGAAGUAGAAGGUAAAGACAAAACGACCAAUUCUGAAUUACUUUUGUCAGCAGUAACGACGUUAAUGACUACUCGGCUACCUACCACACAAGUGUCUUCUACAGUCCAGGCACUAGAUGUCAAGAUGCCAACUACUACACAAUCUGAGAUGCAAACAACUUUUACACAUGCACCAACUACUACCAAUCUGGCACCAACUACUACCAAUCUGGCACCAAGUACCACCACUCGAGCACCAUUAGCUACUGCACAGACACAAAAUAGCUUUACUCAGACUCCAAUAAUAUCCAAGCAGACACCAUAUACUACAAGUGGAACAUCAUUAGCAACCACACAGAAUGCUACCACUCAGAAGAUGCUAACUACUACCAUUCAUACACAACCAGCAACAACAACUACCACUCAGAGGCCAUCAGGAGCCACUCCAGAGUCAACCACUCAACAAACAGGCGGGUCGAUGUCAACUACAAGCCCUCAGGCAGUAUCCUUUUUGGGGUCAACUCGGCCUACUACCACUGAGACACCUUCUAUUACUAUGUUGGCAUCUACUACUACCGUUCAGGUAUUGUUGUCAACCAAUCCGGAGUCAACUGCUACUACGCAGGCAUCAUUACCAAACGCUUCGAAGUCAGCUAGUACUCAGCCUCUAUCAACAACCAGUUCAGAAUUACUCACUGCAACCACUCGGGAAUCGUCAGCAACUCAGGAAUCAGCUCCAUAUUUCACUAAUACCACUCAGCCAUUAUUAGCAAAUAGUGCCGGGUCAACUACUUCCUCUCAGGCAUCAUUAGCAACAACCCUGAGGUCGACUACCAACAUCCAGCCACAAUCAUCGACCACAUGGUUAAGUACUACCACUCAGCCACUAUCAACAACUGCUUCAGAAUCAUCAGCUUUUGAUCAGUUAUUAUUAGCUACCACCUUAGUGUCAACUAAUACCUCUCGGGCACCAUUGGUUACCACUCAACAAUCAUCAGCAACGACUCCGAGGUCAACUACUACUACCACUUCGUCAUCAUCAGCAACCACGGUAGAAUCAAUUACCGAGUCCUCUCAGGCAUCAUCAGCAGCUACUCCGUUUUCAACCUCUAACACUAAGACACCAGCAACAAAUCUAGAAUCAAUUUCUUCCUCACAGGUAACAUCAGAAACAACCGUUGAAUCAACUACUUCCUCUCAGGCAUCUUUAGUGACGAAUCCGAGGUCAACUGCAACUACCACACCGUCGUCAUCAGCAACCACCACUGUAGAAUCAACUGCCUUCUCUCAUGCAUUAUCAGCAGCCAAUCCGAUUUCAAACACUAACCCAUCAGCAACCACUCUAGAGUCUCAGGCAACAUCAGCAACAAAUGCAGGGCCAAGUACUGCCUCUCAAGAGGUAUCAUCAGCAACCACUCCGAUCUCAACCAACAAUAAUCGGUCACCAUCCUCGACAACGUCGUGGCCAAGUACUACCAUUCAGCCACUAUCAACAACCACUUCACAAUCACCAAACUCCGAUCAGUUGUCUUUAGGAACCACCUUUGCGUCAACUACUACUGUUCAGGCUUUAUUGACAACUAAUCAAGAUUCGUCAGCAACUACUCUUGGGUCAACUCCUACUACCAGUCAGUCAUCAUCAGCUCUAAGGUCAACUCCUAACUCUAACACGCCAUCACCAACUUCAUGGUCAACUACUAACAUUCAGGCAUCAUCAGAAACAACUUUAGAUUCAACUACUUCAUCCCAGGCAUACACAAGACCCAAUUCGUGGUCAACUACUUUCACUCAGGCACCACCAGGAACCACUGACCAGUCAACAACUUCCUAUAAGGCAUCAUUGGAAACUACCCCAAGAUCAACCACCGACACUAUAAGCACUAUCACACAACCACCAUCAACAAUCACUUCAGAGUCACCACCUGCAGAUAUUGUGACAACCAUGUCGGCGUUAACUACCACCGCUCAAGGGCUAUCGGUGUCCACCACAAAUCUGGAAUCAACUGGUACCACUCAGUCCUCAUCCGCAACCAUUGUAGAAUCAACUAUAUCAUCUCAUGCAUCAUCAGCAACAACCCCAAAGUCAACCAUUAACACCCAGACACCCGUGUCGACCACUUCUUGGUCUAGCACUAACACACAGCCUGCAUCAUCAACCUCAUCAGAGUCACCAACUAGUGGUCGGGUGUCAUUAAUAACCACACCGGCGUCAACCACUCAGUCAUUAUCAGCAAUCACUCUAGAAUCAACUAAUUCACAUACAUCAUCAGAAACUAUUCUAAUGUCAACCACUGGCACUAGUGCACCGUUAUCAACCACUCUGUGGUCAACUACUUCUCGGGUACCAUCGGUAACUACUAUCUGGUCAACCACCAGCAGACAGGCACCAUCUGAAACCACACCAAGGUCAACUAAUAUCACACAGGCUUCGUCAGCAACAAUGGCAGAGUCAACUAUUUCCUUACAGGCCAUAUCAGAAACAACAUCAGAGUCACUUACUACCGCUAAGGCUACUACAUCCUGUCCAGACUAUUGUUCCGACGUCUAUAACACUGUCUUUGAACCAUGCCAUCAAUUUAUCAAUCCUGAGCUGUACUAUUUCAUGUGCCGAGCCGAACAUUCCAUGUGUUCCGACUGCUUAAUUCUAGAAGCUUAUGCUAGUAGAUGCACUCAAUUUGGACUAAAUAUUCCAUGGAGAUAUGGCAAUUGCGAAUUGACUACUCCAGCACCCACACAUAGUGUGCCAAUAGUGGAGACAUCACCAACGUCAGAGUGCCCAAAUCUAUGUAGUGAGUUGUACUCUGACCGAUUUAAGCCAUGCCAUGCUAUCAUGAAUCCAGACUUCUUUUACGCUAGUUGCCAAGCUGCUCAUGCAUCCUGCUCUGAGUGCAGUGUUCUAAGCACUUACGCUCAAAUAUGUCAAAACCUUGGUCACUGUAUUAAAUUGACUUCUGAUGGAUUAUGUGCCGUUGAUUGUCCGUCUGGUCAGGAAUAUAGAGAAUGUAUUUGCCACGAUCAAGAGCACUGUGGAGGCCAAGUUUCCUGUCAUGCUGCAAUGAUGGUGUCAGAAUGUACAUGUCCUCAAGGAUUUGAACUGGUCUCAGGAGAAUGCCAGCCAUGUGCCACCAUCACACCAACACUGACACCAAUUACUACUACUACUACUGCCACCACCACUGAGUUUGUUUGUCCAACAAGUAUCAUAUCUCAGUGUGAGCAUGUGAUGACUGAUGUGUUUAAGCCUUGUCAUGGCUUUGUUGAUCCAGAAGAGUUUGUGCAAGAGUGCAAAGCCGCUUGCAGUAACUCGUGCGAUUUACUGGAGAGCUAUGCCAAUACGUGCCAGAUUCUACAUGGAAUAUGCUUGGCAUGGAGAAGUGAAAGUAUAUGUCCUGUAUCUUGUGGGUCUGUGUUUUCCUAUGGUGGUCCUGUGGAUUUGGUUUACAAGCAGUGUGUGUGCCCAAAGCAGUCAUGUGUAGAAGAUAACGGAUCUUGUUUCAAUAGUCAACUGGUCUCUGAAUGCAUGUGCCCCGAUGGAAUGCAGGCGUCUGGCAAUGUGAAAGAGGAUGGCAGUUGCAUUGCAUGUUCUGCAUCAGGAACAUGUGGUAUUGUUACCAAAGUUUCCACAGUUAAAUUUGACUUGGAUGGAUUAACUUGUACUGCGGAGGUGAUGUCAUCCCAGUGUAGCGGUAGAUGUGCGUCUGGCACGGGCACGGUUGCCAAUAUCUUUGACAGUUUGCUGCAGAUAACGAUGAUCCGUGAGACGUGCAAUGUCGAGGAAGUUGCGAAAGUCGAACAGACCCUCAGAUGCUUCGAUGGAAGGGAGAAAACUAUACUAAUUGAAAAUGCAGUUACAUGUGCAUGUGGUAACGCUUGCCAAUAGAAAUAAAGAUUAAUUAAUGUAUCUAAUGCCAAAUUAGAUAACUUGUCAGUUGCGAUAAAAUUGUAAAAAUGAAUUCCCUUGUGUGUUGAUAGAGAUAUAGACAAUGGAUACUGUAUUAUAAAUGACAUUGUUUGAUGCGAUGGGUAAGGGAAAUAAUUUAUAACAUGUUUUAUAUGUAUAGCUGAAUUAAAUCAAUAAUCUCCAUGUUUUAUUUCGAAGAGUUGAAGAGUAUAUUAUUUUUUUUUUAAACUUAAUAUGUAACUGUGUUUUAAGCAAAUCAAUAUGAUUAUAUUUUUAUACAUUUGAUAUCAAUUUUAAAUUAUGUAAAUAUUGUGUAAUUAUCUUGUUAUCUAAUUCAUUAGUUAUAUAUUUUUUUGAUGGUUUGGAAUUGAUACUGUAAGAGUACAUUUUGGUUGUAUAGAAAGAAAUGUAGUUAGGUUAUAAUUGAUAUUGAUUGAUUGAUGUAUUGGGUAGAGGAAACUAAUUACUGUAAUACGUAACAUUUAUUGUCGUUUUAAAUUAGUUAAUCCGCAUGUUGUAAUUGUAUUUUGAAUUUAUAUUUUUCAAACUUACAUAUCAUUGCAUUUUAAUAAUUCAAGAUGUUUAUUUUUAUACGUUUGAUGUCGAAUUUUGAUUAUGUAGAAAUUGUAAAAUUAUUGUAAUAAUGUUUGCUAAUAGUUAGAAAAUUGAUCAUGUUUGUUCUAAAAAUUUAUCUUGUUUUAGUGCUGGGUUUUAUUAGAAAUAAUGUUCUGUCUCAUUCUCAGAGAAUUGAGACAAUAGUAUUAAUAGUGUGUAUUACUUGAUGUAUGUGAUGUGAUUUAACUCAGUAGAUUUUCUUUAUAUCAUAAAUAAAUUUUUGAGGAAUAUUGA